AUGAGGUCUAUUCUCCUCUUACACGCGCUCGCCGCGCACGCGGACCAAGCUAUUGCAAAGUGUCAGCGCCCGACAAGCAGUAGUGUCUACCAGAUUAGUACCACCACAACAUCUCCUGAGUCUACGGUCUCGUCCGGCGAUUAUUAUCCGACCUUGUCCACAGUACACAGUUCGAGCAGCACUUCAGUCAGCCUGUCCAGUUACUCAACGACAACAGAUAGCACAACCUCUACUCAGACCGUAUCUACAUCACUUAGUGAUGUCGCCAGUCUUACAAGCAGUGUAGAGGUUUCUUCGACCACGGUCUCUACUGAGACUAGUUCAGAAUCACUUAGUGAUGUCUCGAGCCCGACGAGCAGUGUCUGGAGUUCCUCGACCACGGUCUCGACUGAGACUUCAUCGGCAUCAUCGACUGACAGCGCCAGUCUCACAAGCAGUAUCGAGUCCUCCUCGAGCGCCUCUGUCAGCAGCAUUUCGGUGACAGACAUCACGUCGAGUACAACUGUUGCAAGCAGUAUCGAGACUUCUUCAACCACGGUAUCCGAAAGCGCCAGUACUACGGAGAGCAGCUCGAGCACGUCAAGCGAAUCUACGGUCAGCACAGAGAGUUCCUCAUCCACAGAGAGUUCUUCAUCCAUAGAAACAGGCAGCUCUACUGUAAUAGACAGUACCUCAAGCCUGACUGCCUCAGAUGUCACGUCAUCUACCACGAUUUCGGAUGUUGUAACGACUACGAGCAGCGUAUCAUCAACGACGACAGAAAGCAUCAUCAGCACGGACAGCGUGUCGAGCACAACCACCGAUUCCACGGCCAGCACAGAUAGCUCCUUGACCACCUCAACAAGCAGCAGUAUCGCAACAGAGACCACCUCCACUGCGGACCUCACCUCGUCUACCACGGCUUCGGAUGUCACAGCGACGGCGUCAGAAAGCAGUGUCACUACGGACAGCGCAUCAAGCACAGCAACCGAUUCCACGGCCAGUACGACAAGUAGCUUUGUCAUCACAGACAGUACCUCAAGUGCAGACAUCACCUCGUCGAGCACGGUUUCGGAUGCGACGAUUACCACGAGCAGCGAGUCGUCCACGGCAACCUGUGCUGAGGUCAACACAUGCAGGACUGGCACGAACGCCGUGGCAACCACAACGACUUACCAACUUCCGGGCACCAGCUCAACCGCGGUGGUGAGUCUGGAGAACUUGGUCCCUGGUGUGAACUAUGGAGUUACCUUUACCGCAGGCAUAAACACGCUUUUAGGGACCGGAGCUGGGACCGUCUGUUACGCCACCGCAGCAAUAGACGGAGUCAAUGUCACAGCGGUGGGCACCGACUACUACCUUACCUUCGCCGCCAACCAACAUUCGGGAUGCAACACGGCCAUAACGGCACCGGCUGGCAUCUUCCAGGCCACAAGCGAAACCACCAGUCUUACGCUGAUAAGAUCGUGCAUCAUAAACUCUGGAGGACCGGCCACGAUCUCUGCCGUCAAGGUCGUACCGUUGUGUGACAACCAACACUCGAUACCACCGCCCUUUGUGUGCGACCCGUACGGCUCGCCCGACAGCGGCAACUUGGUCAAGAAUCCUUCCUUCGCCGGCUAUAAUCCCCUCUACCCUAGCCCCUUCCCAUUCUGGGUCAGCGACCAACGGGCUCUCAACUGGACACAAGCCUCCUGCCGAGGCCGAACGAGAUCGUCGGAUCCUACGGACCAGGCGCUCUACAUGAUCGGGCCCAGAACGUCGGUGGUGCAGCAGAUACGCGGGUUGGAUCCCGCGCUCUCGUACACCUUCUCGAUGUGGAUCCUCAUCGUCAACCAGGCUAACUGUGUAAUAACCGCGUACCUGGACUCGGCCAAGAUCGUGUCCUCCUCUAACACGCAGUCAUCGGCGAGCAGCUAUGUGCAGUACACCGGGGUGGUGACCCCUACAGCGGAGCAACAGACGCUGCGGCUGGUCCUAGAGUGUACCAUCGAUAGCUUGGUAAUUGAGAGCAGCGGCAAGCUCAGAACCGGACAAUUGCUCGUACCAGUCGUAGACGACAUCUCACUAACCGCCAACGCCCCGUGA